AUGUAUGAUUGCAUGGUUUUGGCUCAAUGUGACGCCGGGCGUACACAGAUAGCACGUGUGAUUCCUAGGGUUCCAAUUUGUCGUCUUCAUCUUCCUCCGUUGACUCCGCUGCUUGCUCCGCCUCUGCAAUCCACCGCCGGAAUUCAGGCACCCCUCUCUCUUCCCUUGUCGAUAAAACGGGUCGGGAGUCAUUGUUGCCAAUUCGAGGUAAUUAUUCUACCUUCCUCUGCGCCAUUUCAAUUUUCUGGGUAUGCCGACAGAGACAUCGGAGCUCAAGAUUUUCCCGAGUGCAUUUCGUUUAGCGAUGAGCGAUCUGCUUUGUUCUCCAAAGCUGCUUCCUUAGCAGAAGCAGACUCAUAUUGUCCGUCUAGUUCUGUUUUGGUCUUAGAUUGGCCGAGUUUGAGAAUCUGUCGGAUAGUUGCAUGUGAGUUGGCAAGGGAUUUCAGCACAGAAGCAUCUUCAGAUCUAUGCAUCUCGGAUGAUUUUAUCUCUAGACGGGCAAUGUUCUGAAUGCUAAUCUAGCUUGCCACCGUUUAGAUCUAAGCCAGCCUGAUGGAACCCAUCAACGGGGGAAACAAUGUCAAUAGCAAUCCUAGUCUUGCGUCCAAACAACGUUUGCGUUGGACACAUGAGCUUCAUGAACGGUUCGUCGAUGCCGUAGCACAACUUGGUGGCCCUGAUAGAGCUACACCUAAAGGCGUGCUCAGAGUAAUGGGUGUACAAGGAUUAACGAUAUAUCAUGUUAAGAGUCACUUACAGAAAUACCGCUUGGCAAAGUAUCUGCCAGAUUCCUCAUCUGAAGGGAAAAGAACGGAUAAGAAAGAAUCUGUAGAUACGCUCUCUGGUUUAGAUGGUUCAUCGCAGAUAACUGAAGCUCUCAAGCUGCAGAUGGAGGUUCAGAAACGGUUGCAUGAGCAGCUAGAAGUACAAAGACAACUGCAACUACGGAUAGAAGCACAGGGGAAGUACCUGAAGAAGAUAAUUGAAGAACAACAGCGAGUCAAUGGAGUUCUGGGCGAAACCUCAGCUCCAGGGACAAGUGAUAACUUCCCAGAGAGAGAUAAUAACAAUGAUCCUUCAACUCCUGCACCGACCUCCGAGUCUCCAAUCCAAGAUAAGUCGGGUAAGGAAUGUGGGCAAGAGAAGAGUCUUUCACUUGACGAGUCUCUAUCGUCGUACCGUGAGCCAUUGACACCAGACUCAGGGUUCGAUUAUGGUUCUACCCGUGAGAGCCCUAGAGGUGAAGAGAGGUCAUCGAAGAAGCCACGGGUCUCAGCGGAUAUGGUAAUGGUGCCUCCGAUACUGGAAUCGGGUCUGAACUCUUCCUACCACGAGACAAACCCUGCAUUUUUAUUGAAAGGUCAGUUUGAUCAUCCAUCUUCUGGUUCAUUGGUCGGAGGAAGUGAAGAUGGGCUGGACAAGGUUUCUUCUGGAGAGAAUCUAUGAGGUCUUGGUUCCUGUCCCUGUCCCUAAAAACCUCGAGAAUUUUAGAUACUGCAACAUGUUGUAGCAAUGGAGAUGAUGUUGUACUUAUAUUUGCUGAGAUACUUGCUGUAAGAUGUAAAUGCAAGAACCCAAGGAGACAGAGUCCAUGUUUCUUGUUCUUGAUA